GGUUUUCAUAACUGUGAACAGUACUAAUGAGAAUGAAAAAAUAAUAAUUGUUUUCACUUUAUGCUUCAAGGCAGUGUACCUUAACUAUAGAUUUGAGAUAUUAAUCUGAUAAGCGUGUAGGUAACCUGACAAAAUCUUCACGAUGGCUUCAGAUAUGGAUAAGUUUUUGGAAAUGUCGCUGGAUGAAUAUAUUGCAUCAAAGAAAAAUUCUGUAUGCAGUAACGAGAAAAAAAGCGUGGCAAAUAAUAUCGGCGCUGGUCGGAGAAAUUCCAAAACAAACGAUUUAAAUGAUGAAGAUGAGGUUAUGGAAAAUGAAGUGGAAGCACUAGGUGAGACGUCUCUAAUGAAUACUAAUGAUAAAUUAAAUAAGUCAUUUGGCAUUUGGCGGGGUCCUAGUGCUGAAACCAACUAUAUCGAUUUGGAUUACAUGAAGGAUGAAUUCGAUGAAAUGUUUAAUGAUCCAGAAUUAAAAGUUUCACACGAAGAUAAACAAAUGAAACAAAACCGUUCUAAAGAUUUGCGUGAAAGGCUUAAUAGGAAUUUAAAUGCCAGCAAAAAUAACAAUACAAAUUGUAGCAGCACUAAUAAUAAUGUAGUGCACGACGAGCAAACAAUUCCAACAGUAAAUCGAAAUAAUUGGAGAUCUAAUAUGCAAACCCAGCAAAAUUCGGUGUCUCUAAUGAGCCUUAACACCGAGGGUGGUUCCAGCGGUAACGGACAGUUCCGUCGACGUUGGAAUAACAACAAUAAUAGAAACUUUCGUCGACGUAAUACCGAUGGAUGUGGUGGAAAUCGAGGAAGCGGUCAACAAAAUAAUGGUGGACAAAAAAUGAAUUGGAAUUAUAAUCGCAAUAAUGGAGGUAGCCCUAAUGGGAUCCAUAAUAGCAAUGCAUUAUCAAUGAAUAACAAUGGACGAAUUCAGCGGUUUAACCAACGCAACGGCCAAGAUAAUCUUAAUAAAAGAAUAAAAACUGUUCUGGAUCAAAUAAACGGCACCAGCCCAGUUUUUCUCAAUAAGCAACCAGUUCGUGACCUAACAAUCGAAUGCCCAAGCAUUUCAAUAUCCGGGCGGCUAGCAUCGGGUGCGUUACAGAACGCUUCAAAACAAAAUCUCCAAGUGCCGGCAACUCAAACGCAGAGUGACUUAAAAUCACUGUUAGGCGUCAAUGAAAACAACUUAAAAGCCGAUACAAUGGCAAUGUGGGCAGGGAAAUUGUUAGAGCUGUUUCAAUCCACUCAACAACAAACAGUGCAUAAACCAAUUUACGACAUGCAGAUUCAAAAAGAAAUUCAUGAGUUGCAAGGCAAAUCAUUACUAUAUAAAUGUCCCAGCGGAGAAGUGGUAAGCUCUGAUGGAUCUGGCAUUGAAAAUUGUAAAAUUACACCCAAUUCAAGUGGUGUAACACUUAACUAUAGAUUUGGUUAAAAAGUAGUAUUUUCAUAACUAAAGUUAUAAAAUAGCUAAAUUAUCGUUGAAAAAUAAAUGAGUUAUUAUCUGCUUUUUUAUUUAAGAAUACAUGUUCUUUUUAGUUCUAUACCUGUUCAUUUGUUAUGCUUUUCUGUAACAUUUUCAAUGAAUUAAAAAAUCA